AUGGAAAAUGAAGAGUCUCCACAAAGGGAGCAGUUUGUGAGGCCACCACUGAACCUGUGGCAGGACUUUAAGGACGGCGUGCGUUAUCUAGUCUUCGACCAUAGAGCCAACCUCGUGGUCAUGCCCCUGUUGGUCAUGUUUGAGAGCGUGCUGUGCAAGGUAAUCGUCAGGAAAGUGGCGUACACAGAGAUCGACUAUGAGGCGUACAUGGAGCAGAUCGAAACUAUUCAACUCGAUGGCGUACUGGACUACUCCCAGGUGAGGGGUGGCACGGGCCCACUGGUGUACCCAGCGGGCCACGUCUUGAUCUACAAGCUCAUGUACUGGCUCACGGAGGGUAUGGAACAUGUCGAGCGCGGCCAGACACUGUUUAGGUACUUAUAUCUCUUAACACUGGCCUUGCAAAUGACGUGUUACUACCUUUUGGACCUGCCACCCUGGUGCGUGGUGUUAGCGUGCCUUUCUAAGAGACUGCACUCUAUUUACGUGCUGCGGUUGUUCAAUGACUGCUUCACCACUCUUUUCAUGGUCGUCACAGUCUUGGGCACAAUCUUGGCUUCCAGGUGUGUCCAGCGCCCUAAAGUAAGGAAGCUCCUCACGCUGAUGGUCUCUGCGACCUACAGCAUGGCCGUGAGCAUCAAGAUGAACGCUCUGCUGUACUUCCCCGCGAUGAUGAUCUCGCUGUUCAUCCUCAACGGCACGAGCCUUUUGAUGACCCUGUUGGACUUGCUCGGGAUGAUCGCAUGGCAGAUCGCAGUCGCAGCACCCUUUCUAGGCCACUCCCCGCGAAAGUACUUCCAGUGUGCUUUCGAUUUCGGCAGAAAGUUCAUGUUUAAGUGGAGUGUCAACUGGCAGAUGAUGGACGAAGAGGCGUUCAACGACCCGCUGUUCCACCGAGCCCUCUUGGUCAGCCAUCUUGUUGCCCUCACUACUUUGUUUGUCACAAGGUACCCUCGUGUCCUGCACGAUUUGUGCUCCUCCCUACGCCAUCCGCUAAGGGGCAGCACCGCUGCCACCACAAAUCCUGUCAAGACCAUCCCAUUCAUACUGAUCACGUCCAACUUUAUCGGUGUGCUCUUCGCAAGAUCGCUUCACUACCAGUUCCUUUCCUGGUAUCAUUGGACACUGCCUGUGCUGAUCUUCUGGUCGGGAAUGCCCUGCUUCGUUGGGCCGAUCUGGUACGCCCUGCACGAGUGGUGCUGGAACUCGUAUCCACCAAACUCUCACGCAAGCACACUCUUGGUGGCACUGAACGCCGUGUUACUGCUUGUAAUGGUCCUGACGCAGCUAUCAGGCUCAAGCACACCAAUCGAAAAUCACUCCUGUAAGAAGCUCAUGGAGAAGAAACGUAAUUAG